GUUGUAAUUUCAAAAAGAUAACAAAUUAUGUCUCAUUUCAUUUAGUGGAUUAAUUAAUUUAUAGCUGAUAAACUAAACUUGAAUUUUAAUUGUUAUCUAGGAGACGACGUUCGCGGACGUGUUCGCCGUUUUAUUCAUAUUUGGUGUGUGUUAGUAAAAUAGUAAAUCAUGGCUUCAGAUACACCAAGAGUUUUAUCAAUUCAGAGUCAUGUAGUCCAUGGGUAUGUUGGGAAUAAAAGUGCAGUUUUUCCAUUGCAAGUUUUAGGUCUAGAGGUUGAUGCAAUUAAUACAGUGCAAUUUUCAACACACACUGCCUAUAAACAUAUCAAAGGACCGAUUUUAAAAAAUGAAGAGUUGGAGGAAUUGAUUGAUGGUCUUGUAUUAAAUGAAGUUGAUUAUUAUACACACUUCUUAACUGGGUAUUCUAGGUCACCAGAUUCACUUAAGCAAAUUGCCCAAAUCAUUAAGAAUCUAAAAGUAAAAAAUCCCGGAUUAGUUUAUGUAUGCGAUCCAGUAAUGGGCGACAACGGUAAACUAUACGUGCCUGAAGAAAUACUGCCCGUAUACAGAGAUGAUGUUGUACCUCUAGCUGAUAUAUUAACGCCAAAUCAGUUUGAAGCGGAACUGCUAACUGGUAUACCGAUGAAGGAUUUAGAUGGUGCUUUAAAAGUUAUACAAGCUUUGCAUGAUAAGGGAGUUAAGACUGUUGUAUUGUCGAGCACUGAUUUGGGAGACGAUCAGCAUAUGAUUGGACUCGCUAGUAAUAAAGAUUCAUGUUACAAAAUAGAAAUACCAAAGUUGGAUGCAAAUUUUACGGGAACAGGCGAUCUGUUCGCAGCGCUGUUUAUGGCUUGGUCGUAUAAAACCAAAGACGACUUAAAACUCACAUUAGAGUUUACAAUAGCAACACUUCAAGCCAUUGUUAAAGACACGUAUGAUUAUGCAAGAAAAAUUCAGCCGACCGGGAAAGUCCCACCUGCACUCAAAGAGCUGAGACUUAUUCAAAAUAAGCACAUUAUUGAAAACCCAAAAAUUAAUAUAACUGCGACGGAGGUGAAACGUAACUAAGAGAAAUAUAGAUAAAGAUCAUAUUUACAUAUUAUUGCAUGCUUAAAUAUUGCGCAGUACAAAGUAAAUGCAAUAAUGUUAAAUAUAGCUAAGUGAUGCCACUUGUCCCUCAUAAAAUAUAAGAUUAGAUCGAGUUUAUAUUAUCAGUUACAAAUAGAUUUUGCUUAUUAUAUCGAAUGUUUGAAUUUUAUUUUAUAUAGGUCUAUAAAAUAAUGUUACAGUAUUUGCACUAUAUUCACGCAAGGAGUUAUAU